UGCAAAUUAUAUCAUAGUGUGCGUAACGUGAUAACUGUACAGUAGUCAAGUGUGCCAAUAUAUUGUUGUGCUACAUAAGGAAGUACCAACGGAUCAUAACACUCAGAUUAAAGCUUUUGUUAUCACAUGUGAGAAGACAAUGGAGCGAUUACAAAGAAACCUUAUGACAAGCUUUAUAUUUACAACAUUGUAUCUAGUUACAACAGAGGCAUGUAACGCAAGUGAGUUUCAGUGUAUAAGUGGGCAAUGCAUUCCAAUUGCAUUACAAUGUGAGGGCAGCAGUUUUGAUUGUGACGACCGUUCAGACGAGGUGAAUUGCACAGUUGGUGUUCAACCUUGUCCUGAGGGAAGACAUAGGUGCGACAAUGGAGAAUGCGUUACAAAUAGAAACGAAUGUCCAGUACAAACAACUUUAACAGAAUUAUCCACAUCCAUUGUAGAAACAUCAACUCAAAAUAUGAAAGAAACAACGCCAACAAACACAUUUCAGAAACAAUCGUUUACAUCAUCUAAGUAUGACAUUCAACCAACGGCAACACGUUCCAUACUUGAUAGUUCAACGCCAUUAGUUAAAAACGUUACAACUCCAGCUGAUGGCCACGAUCCUGAUAGCAAAAAUAACAGUCUUUAUUACUGGCUAUUUCUACUGUUGCUGAUACCGAUAUGUGGUUUUGGAUGCUAUCGAUGGAAGCGGCAAAGAACAAAACAAAAUGAAAUUGUAUAGACAUGAAUAUAGG